AUGAGCGCCAACCAAAUUUUCGGUGUUAUCGUCGCCGGACGAUUGGUACGUUUAUUCACUUCUUUUUUACACUUUUAGAUACGGUCAUAACGAAAAAAUGUAACGUUUGUUUCUUUGCCUUUGUACGUGAUAAACCCAAAGCCUUCGUUGUAAUCCAAAGUCCACCGAAUUAGAAAGGAUUAAAGGGUUUUAAUUUGUGUAAUGGACUACGUUUCCAUUAGAAUCGAAGUGUAAUAUAAUGGUUGAUAAAAUUUCAGAUCCAAACCGACUUCGUCCAGGCUGGUGAUACCGAGUUUUUAUGCGAAAUCCAAAAUGCGGAAUCGAUCAACCAUCUAGUCGUUUUUCUGACAGGACUCCAGCCUUUUCCCGAAGGAAUGGGAGGAUCUGGUAAGGUUUUUGUUUUUUUUUUUUUUUUUUUGAUUUUUAGUGCCCUAAUUACAAAAUUCUCAUUAUUUGUGUCUUCAGUUUUCAUCCGUUGGCCCCAAGCGUCAGGGGAAGUCCACUGGCACUAUCUCGGAUUCAUAGCCAAUGACAAGCCAAGUGCAAUAUUCAAAGUUGCUCAACUCCACAAGGCAACUUCUGAUCAUAGUACAGAUUUGUUUUCAAACCAUUCCAAUGAACACGUUGUGGGUAACGCCUUACUUGGUAUUAUGGUUGAACCUUUGAGGCAGAUACAGGAAAAGGUCGCCGCCGAAGGAACGUCUAUCACUCAACAGGUAACUCUUCAGUUUUCCUUUGCAUUAUUAAUUUAGGUUAUGGCUUGAUGUUCUAAGUCCCUAAUUUUUCCUUAUUUUUAGUCAACACUAGUUGAAUUCACUGAGAAAAUGCUUACGAAUUUUGUGAACCACAUGGGUUCGUAUGUUGUUCAACUCCCGGAUCCUAUGAAUCCCUCCCAAAUAGUCGAAUACAUCCCAAUAAAAGCCGUCAACGAUUGGUUUACCAAUUUCAAACGCCGUCUUCAAUUCAAUCCACAUUUCUGGAAGAACCUGUAA